AGAAGACUGAAAACAACUUCCUGUCAAAAAUUAAAAUUUUGCAAGGUUUGAGAAAUGAUGCCUCUCGCAGACAGAUAGCAGACAGAACAAUAAGAUGAGCGUUGGUCCUCUCGCUGUGGAGAUCACUUGUGUCUGCAUCUUGGCUGCGCUCCUCCUUCAUCGCUAUGGCAACUGGAGGAAACAACAUGUCUUGGUUACCUUGGCAACCUUUGUUGCUUGGUACUUUUCCUUCAUGAUCAUCUUCAUUCUUCCUCUGGAUGUAUCGUCAACAUUUUAUCGACAAUGCUUAAAGGAAAAUUCUCCUGCUAUCACAACAGCUGCCCCUGUAAAUGAUUCGACACGAAACAAUACCCGCCAUUCAACUACCACUACCACUACAACAGCUCGCACCAUCACGAAUGUUACAGCAACCCCAACAACAGCUUUGAACACAUGUGCUGUCCCAUGGAGCCAUGUACCUGAACAUAUACUGCCAGAUCUGUGGCAUGUGGUCUAUUGGACUUCUCAAGUUCUAACAUGGCUUAUCUUGCCGAUGAUGCAGUCAUACUCUAACGCUGGUGAUUUCACUGUUGCCGGCAAGCUGAAGUCCGCCUUGAUUGAGAACGCCAUCUAUUAUGGAAGUUAUCUCCUUAUCUUUGGAAUCUGCCUGAUUUACGUGGCAGCCCGGCCUGAUUUAGACAUAGAUGGGCCUAAAUUAAAAGUGAUAGGCAUCACAGCAAGUAACACAUGGGGCCUGUGCCUAUUGGUACUUCUUCUUGGGUAUGGCCUCGUCGAUGUCCCAAGGAUGUGUUGGGAGAAUGCAAAGAGAGGGCGUCAGCUGCAGAAGACCCAGUUCAAGAUAUCAAAACUCAGCACCGAGAAAUCAGAAGCUGAAGAAAAUUUGGAAGACGUCCUUGAUGAGGUGAAGAGAGCUGCAGAAACUAUACGGACGAUCCAUCCUCUUAGAAAACAUGUUGAAACAAUACUAACUAAGUGUCCUGAGAAUAUCCAAGAGUUUGCGAAACGUAGAUUACGGGAUGAGGAUGAUUCGAACAACCCAACCGAGACGCCGACAGAAAAGUCGCUGGUGCGUCUCCAUAAACGUGUUAUUCGUGCAAUGCAGGACCACCACAGGACACAGUGCCAGUGGAGUCUACUUAUGGAGAAGGCAUUUGAGCUGCAAGAUAUUGCUCAGAAUGAAGUCAGUCUCGAUCGUCAGUUUAAACAUUCGUUUGAACCCGAGGAGAGCGUUUGUAAGAAGUGCUAUAACCCAACCAUAGUGAAAUUAUUUUGUGGAUGCCGUCCGUGUAAAUGGUUUGAAUGGUAUUGGUUAUGCUUGUUACGUCCGUGGGUGUUGCGAGUAGCGGCUGUGAUCCUGGCGCUCUUCUCCAUCCUUGUCGUCUGGUCAGAGUGCACGUUUUUCUGCCCCCAGCCUGUCCUCUCAUUGUUCGCCAUAUUUAUUGAUUUGGCCAAGAGGAAUUUUGAUUAUUUCAAUAUUGAGUUGGCUUCCUGUGUGAUCAUCUCCUACCUGUGCGUCUGUGCGUACUACACAAUCUUCAAGAUACGUCUGCUCAACUACUUCCAGCUUGUCUCUCAUCAUCAGACGGAUGAAAACAGUUUGAUAUUUAGUGGAAUGUUAUUAUGUCGUUUGACGCCGCCAUUAUGUUUAAACUUCCUCGGCUUGAUUCAUCUCGACAGUCAUAUAACUCAAUCUCAUAAAUUAGAGGAAACGGCUUAUACGAGGAUAAUGGGUCACAUGGACGUCAUCUCCAUAAUCUCAGAUGGUUUCAACAUCUACUUCCCGAUAGCCAUCCUGCUCCUGUGCUUAGCGACCUAUUUCCAUCUUGGCAGUCGCUGUCUGCACAUGCUGGGAUUUAAUCAGUUCAUCGGAGACGAUGAUAUGACAUCAGAGUUCAUUGAGGAGGGCAAGCAACUCAUUAGCAGAGAGCGUAGACGAAGAGAAAGAAUUGAGGAUGGGGAAGCCAGAAGAAGGAAUUGGAGAGAAACAUUUGGUGAGACGAAACGCCAAAGCACUCACGAUGAUACACCACCCCCAAGACGACCACCUGUUGUGCUUGUACCUCUUUGGCGUACUCGAGGUGGCGACUUUCCACCUGAUGAAAUUCAGUUUGCGUCAAAUGACCAGUUUGCUCGAAAUGACCAGGGUGACCUCACUCGUCGGUCCGCGACCAGCGGAGGUGACCGUGACAGGCUGCUAGAUCAUGCCGCACCCAUAAACUACCAGACCCGUGGACACGAAUCGGACAGAUUUGACAGGGGCUCGUCCCUGCGACCUCAAAGUUCUGACGAGAACGACUCAACAGAGCUUCUCAAGCAUGCCGAACCGGUCGACUUUAAUGAGGAGGAUACCGAUCUCUUCGAUUUAACUCUUAACAAUGACACCGGGGGGCGUCACCAACCGCCCAGCCAUUCUACUAACCGUUACAAUGCUCCAAGACAUGCGUCUAGACCAAGCAAGGGUAUCUUUGAUGACGUCUAAAAAAACAUUCCAUAUUGUUAGUGAUUAUAGUUAUUAUUGUUUGCAUUCUUUUGGAGGGUUUUUGUCUUUUCUAGUCAUUUUAACACAAGAGUUCAGGUCAUCAGUGUUGGUCUGUCUUACCCUGGAUAACUGACCACACAGUUGCUGCUUCUAGUUUCUAAGUGACAAGAUAUCACCAACACAGUGGGCAUACGACUUGUUGCUGGAACUAAACUGACCAAAGUCCAGGAGACAUUAUGGGUAUAUGUGACCCGUCACAGCAAAACCUGGGUAUAUGUGACCCGUCACAGCAAAACCAGGCGCAUGUCGCACAGAAGAUGAGCCUGAAUGACACCAGGAGAUAAUGGAAGAAAUUGAUGUGCUCAUAUUUCACAAAAGGCAGACAACAGAGAAAUGAACAAACAGUCCGUCUCAACCUGCCAAGGUCAGAGCGACAUGCGCCUGGUGUUGCUGUGACGGGUCACAUAUUUGAAGCAUGAGGUGUGUUCUUGAUUGUAUUUGGAUUUGUUUCAUGGGGCUGUUGUUAAAAUCAGCUGUGGAGUUAACCUUUCAAUUUUCAUAUUAAUGCACAUAAAUUUAGCAGAAGUAAAACAAUUUUUUAUUUUAGAACGACUCUUGGUUAAAAAAACUAAGCAAGUUUGUCAGUGUGAAUGUAGAAGAUUUACACUUCAUCAUUGUUGUACAUUGUACAUUCUUCAUUGCAUUCAGUCGAACAAAUUAGACAUUUUUCAUGCAUUCCGUAUGAAUAGUAUCAAGCCUUUCAAUUGCAUAAGUUUGAUCACAGCUUUUUGUUUUAACACUCAUACGGGUACCUUAAAUUUUUCUGAGAUUUGAUGCAUAACAUAGUAAAAACAACACAUACCCUGUUGGCAGUGAAGAUAACUAGUGCCGUACAUGUACGUCAAUAUAGAAAGACCGAUCUCGAUGGCCUAGUGGUUAAGGCGUCCGCCUCGUGAAUGGAAGGUCGAAGAUUUGAGGCCCGCUGGUAACCUCUUUCCGAUGCAGCCAGUUGGUUUAGCAACCAGCUCGUUAAUAUAGGGUACAAACAGCCUUCUCGCCAGGCGCCUGGCAUGAGAGAUAGGAGUUUGGAAGUAAAGAGUGUCUGAUAAGCCAAAAGCUGGCUGGCCCUUUCAUUAGGGGUGAUACUAUAAUAAACAAACCUUACUUUACUUUUUCUGUUAUAGAAACUGCCUAUGGGUCACUUGUUAAUAAUAAUUACAAAUGGGCCUUACCUUUGGGCUUACCUUUGGGCCUUACCUUUUGUGCUGUCAUUUGCAUCACCAGUCAUAAAGUUGCCCUUCACGCAAAGAAAGUUAAUUUUCAAGACUUCUUAUAUUAUUUAAGGCAUUUGGGACCAUGGGGUUGUAAGUUCAGGUGGGAUCUUAUUGGCUGCAGCGGGCAUUUAUUGCAGUCGUAAAUGCUGUGAACUUUCUAUAAUCAAAAGGUCUGAGUAUGUGUUGACCACAAUUGUCUGCUGCACUCAAUAUUGUCCGUUGUACUCAUGUACAGGUGGGACUAUUAAAAUUCUGAACAAAGUUCAUAGGGAAAACGUUUUAAAUUCUAGCAAGUUUUCUUGAGAAAAUAGUAUAAUAUAAGUAGGGUAGAAUGGGGUAGUUGUAGCCCCAGUUUGAUUGUAGCCCCUGCCUAUGAUAUCGAUUGAUAUCCCCAUGCAUCAAACAAUGCAGGGGCUACAAAUACCCCAUCCUACCUUAUAUUCUGUCUGGAUGGAUAUAGUGUAUUCCAAGAGAUUAUUUAUUUAUUAUAUUGUUAAAUUGAUUGUAAAUUUGCUUCAAUAUUUAAAAUAUAGUAAAUGCCGUUAUUGUAAUAUGUAGGUGUUGAUAGAAAUCAAUGUCAGAUAAAUAUUCAAAUUGAGAGAAAUAAACUUGCCAUCUUUUUUGUGAAUGAAUUGAAUGAUUUUAGAUUGUGGGACCACAAAGUUAAAGUAAAUGAUUUGAUCAUCAACUGCAUGCAUUCCUGACUGUCCUUGUGUUGGUCAUUUCUGGAAAGGUUUAUACAGAUCUAUCUAACUUUCAUAGCAAGCAGUCUCCAUCCUGUGGAAGUCAGGGGUCAGUGUUUGCUUUUGCGGCACACAAACCCCUGAGAUAUUUCCCCUCAUUGGCUGAACAACGGGCAUAAAAUACCUUUAUGUCAACAUCCAGGGAUUUAUUUGACAACAUUGGUUCCAGGAUGUCUUUAUGAAUGGAAGCAACAAUGUGUAUGGCAAAGAGUUGUAACCCGCCAAAUUUUUCCUGACGUUUGAUAGUUUCCACUGAUUUAGCAAAUUACGAUUUGCUAAAAUGAGAGGAGCAAAAUAUUUUCUUGAUUGGAAAACCCGGAAGGAGUUUCACAGCCCUCCAAAAUUGAAAUAAUUUUGGAGGGGGGGAAUUUUCACACAUUGCAAAAAUAUAUGAGCACAAACAUUUUCA